AUGUCACUCCAACAUAACGUGUCGGCUCUCGCAAAGAGCACUAUCAAGAUUGCCUACGAUGAACUGGAUCGCACGAUUAAUCCAGACGACAAGCGGAAUUUCGCCAACAUAUCGUUACAGGAUGUCCGCGAUGCUGCAUUGAAAAUAGAGAAUCAACUCGCUGCUAGACAAUCUCUUCGAAAUAUGCGCCGCCUUAUGCCACUAUUCCGAGGUCUCGAACACUACUCCAAGGUGGUGGACAUCCUGUGCAACGGUACCCCAUUCUUACCAUGGAUAUGGGCCCCAAUCACCCUCAUCUUACGAAUAUCAUCCGAGUUUGUCGAAGCUUUUGAAGAGAUUAUUAAAGGUUAUGCCAGUAUUGCCGAAUCAUUGAAGCGGUUUGAGAUUCUUAGUGAUGCACUCAUCAAUGAGCCGGACUUCCAGCAGACAGUGGCAGUCUUUUAUGCAGACAUUCUGAAAUUUCACAAGUAUGCUUACAAGUUUGUGCGACGAAGUGGUUGGAAACUGAUCUUUUCUGCAUCUUGGGGCCGUUUCCAGAGCAGAUUCGGAAAUAUUCUUGACGAUUUAAAGCAUCACGGUGCUUUGAUUGAUCUUGAAGCCAACGCUCACAACAUCUCUCAAGCAAAGAAAAUGCGAGACGAUAUUCGCAAGUGGAGAGAGGAAAGUGAAAAUCGAGUACGACAAGAGGACAACGAACACUCUGCAAAACAAUAUGGGUCUAUUGUGUCUUGGCUUAAGGUUAACGACGUCGACCAACUGGCCAUCGUUGAUUCUAUAUUGUCGGAGGUAGAACAGUAUCAAGGAACUUGCGGAUGGAUACUUCAGAACAAGCGUAUCAGAUCCUGGGCUGAUGCAAAGACAAGCACACCGGCGCUCUGGCUGAAAGGAUCAGCCGGGACUGGAAAAAGCGUCUUGUGCACCCAGCUUAUCAACUUUCUGAAAGAGACCAAAUUUGUCAUAUGGCAUUUCUGCACAUACCUCUACGCAACCUCGACAAUGUAUGAGCAGAUACUAAAGUCGUUACUACUCCAGAUCCUUCGGAAGGACGCAGAUUUGGUUGCCCACGUUUACAAGACAUGCGUCAUGGAAAGGAAAUCGCCGACUACUACAGUCCUGGAACAACUGCUACAGAAGCUUCUCGAAAGUAUGUCAAGUGAGCCUAAUCAGGUAGCGUAUGUGUGGGUCAUUAUUGAUGGACUGGACGAAUGCGAGUCCGACAAACAACUACGUUUAGUGCGGCUUAUCAACCAGCUUACGUCUAAGCCCGCGAUCCCAGGAAGUACCGCUUGCAAGGUCUUUCUUUCCAGUCGUGCGCCAUCAACUUCGCUAGAGCGGCUCAUGAGAAAGCAGAUUGUGUCUUUAAGUGAAGAAAAGUCUGUCUUGAAUGCGGCGGUUCGCCAGUACGUUGAUCAGAGACUCGAAUCUAUGGACACAAAGCUCCGCCAACUCAACUUACAACAUGCCAAUAUCGUGGAAAUCCAGGAAGCGAUUGUGACAAAAGCUGAUGGCAAGUAG